CAUCAUAAUCCCUGCCAGACUUUGUGUAUCUGGCUUUUUUUUAAAGAAAGAGUGCUGCUCAUUGUAUUUUCCCACAUCAGCAUUCUUUAUCAUCUUACAGGUCUAGCCUAAGCAUUUAACUAGAGCAGUGUGUACCCAGAUCCAUCAGGUCACCUGCUUUCACCCACCUAAUCAAUGCAAUUUUUAAAAACAUUUAGUAGGGUUAUGACCCUUUUACUCUCCUCUCACUCAUUUUGUUUUAUUUUGUUUUGCUCAUUUAGAUGGCUAGAUUAGAGACAUGCCCACUUUGUCCAACCCCCUUUUUGCCCUCUCACACUUUAAUGCUUUUCUAAGUCUGAUCACUGCCCGUUCAGCCCGCGCUCUCCCACACAAAGGAAGAAAGGCUGGGCUCUUCUGUUUCUUACCAAAGGGGGGUUUUAAAACACAUGCUGCAAUUAUGGCAUUUUUUUAUUCCCUGUAAAAUCUUGGAGGGCUUUUCCUGGCAUGGUCUUAGAUAAAUGAAUGGACUGACAAAGGUAGUGAUCUUUGUAUGCAAAGAAUAAGAUGGCUUCUAACCCUAACCUUGCGGUUUUGGUCAUUGACCAAGACCAUUUAUUUGCUUCAAAAUUUGAAGAGUGGCCUUUUGACUGUUUGGAUUUGGCUUUAGUUUGCCAGUAUUAUGAGGCCCUAGUUAAUGCCCUUUUUGUGGCAGCAAGGCCAGUUGUGGUUUCAGUGGGUCUUUGGGGAGAUAAAGUUAAUGGUGUAGAGAAAGUUUUCCUCUUUUUAGUUAGAAGCCUUCUUAUUUGGUUCCUCAGGAGGGUGAAGUGGGGUAGAGUCGAGGGUGCCAAUGGCCCCCCACCAACUCUGUCGCUUCUAACCCCCCACGCGCUUGCUCAGGGCCUGUGGAGUGUGCGCGCUUUGAACUGUCUGCCUGACCCCUCAGUCAGCCCAACAAAUGCUUAUUAAGGGCUCCACAGUGCAUUUGACUAGAACCCAUAAGACAUUGACCCUUGUUUUUCCACAUUUCAACCUCACAAUCCCCUGUCUUUUCCUUCAGAUUGAGCUAACCGGGUUUGGGAGGGUUUAUAUGUUUCCAACACUGCAUGAGCCCUGGACUGUGUCAGGCAGACAGAUCACUAUUUGCACUCCACUGCACGCGUCAGAUAUGAUAGAGAGAGAAUUAUACACGCGCAGCAAAAAGCGAUGACCUCUUUAUUUCAGAGCUGUGGAGGCUUCUAGAUGAUUAUGAAGUUCUUAAACCCCAAGCUUUUUUCCUUAUCCAUUGGCCAGGACUCAAGAAGGCAGGACAGGAAAAAGCAAACAAGUUAUUAAACCAUGUAAACAAAGAGUACAACAAAGGAAAAUAAAAGAUCAUUGAUUCCAUUUUUUUCCCCCUGGAUGUUAUGAUUAUUAAUAAUUAUCCCAGAGCAAUGUGAUCAGUUCUUUUGGGUAAGAUCAAGCCAGUUCUCCUCCCUCCUGUACCUGAAAAUGUGACUCUGUAAUGGAAAGUUCAAAUCUGUUUGUAAAACUCAACUGAAAGCCUUUCUUCACUCUUGACCCCUUGCAAACAUAUUUCUGUUUUUGAAACUGUAAAAUCCCUUUCAUUGCAUGGGUUUAAACUUAAAUCAGAUCAUUUUUCUUUUCUUUACUUUUUUUUGGACUUGUUUUGCUUUGUCAAUACAAGUGUUGAUGUCCAUAUGAAAUGUCUUAAUUGCCAACUUUUACUAACGCUCUUGUUUUCUUAUUUUGUCUCUUUUGGUUUUUCCACCACUGAUAUUGUUAUUUAGAAGGUUUCAGGUGGGUGACACUAUUCCUGCGUAGGUGCGGUCCGGUGGACAGGAACACUAGGGCAUCAUCAGUCUUCUCCUCUUCCAGCUGCGGCCGCCCCCAGACAAAGUCCAAAAAUAUGGCUUGUUACCUGAAGGCAAUCGAAACUCAGCCAAACUUUGCUGUGGCCUGGAGUAACCUGGGCUGCGUGUUUAAUGCCCAGGGUGAGAUCUGGCUGGCCAUCCAUCAUUUUGAAAAGGCAGUGACACUGGACCCAAACUUUUUGGAUGCUUACAUCAACUUGGGUAAUGUUCUGAAAGAGGCUCGUAUCUUUGACAGAGCUGUUGCUGGGUAUCUGCGAGCCCUCAGUCUGAGCCCAAACCAUGCCGUUGUUCAUGGAAACUUGGCUUGUGUGUAUUAUGAACAGGGUCUGAUUGACCUGGCCAUUGACACAUACCGUCGUGCCAUUGAGCUGCAGCCACACUUUCCUGAUGCAUACUGCAAUCUUGCUAAUGCUCUGAAGGAAAAGGGCAAUGUUUCUGAAGCUGAGGAGUGUUACAACACUGCUCUGCGUCUGUGCCCUACCCACGCUGACUCCCUUAACAAUCUGGCCAACAUCAAGCGUGAGCAGGGCAACAUUGAGGAGGCCGUGCAGCUCUACAGGAAAGCACUGGAGGUGUUCCCAGAAUUUGCCGCUGCCCAUUCAAACCUUGCCAGUGUCCUGCAGCAGCAAGGAAAACUUCAAGAAGCCCUCAUGCACUAUAAGGAGGCCAUCAGAAUCAGCCCUACAUUUGCGGAUGCUUACUCCAACAUGGGCAAUACUCUGAAAGAGAUGCAGGAUGUUCAGGGGGCGCUGCAGUGCUACACUCGAGCCAUUCAGAUUAACCCUGCUUUUGCUGAUGCUCACAGUAACUUGGCUUCCAUACACAAAGACUCUGGGAACAUUCCUGAGGCGAUUGCCUCUUAUCGCACUGCGCUGAAGCUCAAGCCAGAUUUCCCAGAUGCUUAUUGUAACCUUGCUCAUUGUCUACAGAUUGUAUGUGAUUGGACUGAUUACGACGAGCGCAUGAAGAAACUGGUGAGCAUUGUUGCUGAUCAGUUGGAGAAGAACCGCCUGCCAUCAGUGCAUCCGCAUCACAGCAUGCUAUAUCCCCUCUCUCACGGUUUCCGCAAGGCCAUUGCAGAAAGACAUGGCAACUUGUGUCUUGACAAGAUCAAUGCUCUUCAUAAACCUGCUUAUGAGCAUCCAAAGGACCUGAAAGCCAGUUCAGGCCGAUUGAGAGUGGGUUACAUUAGCUCAGAUUUCGGGAACCAUCCCACUUCCCAUCUCAUGCAAUCCAUCCCUGGCAUGCACAACUCUGAGAAGUUUGAGGUGUUCUGCUAUGCUCUCAGCCCUGAUGACGGCACCAACUUCAGAGUUAAAGUCAUGGCCGAGGCUCAUCACUUCAUUGACCUCUCACAGAUCCCCUGUAAUGGAAAAGCUGCAGACAGGAUCCAUCAAGAUGGAAUCCACAUCCUGGUUAACAUGAAUGGUUAUACUAAAGGAGCACGCAAUGAGCUGUUCGCAUUGCGCCCAGCACCCAUUCAGGCCAUGUGGCUUGGAUACCCGGGCACCAGUGGAGCUCCAUUUAUGGACUACAUUGUCAGUGAUAAGGCAACGUCUCCCAUUGAGGUUGCUGAGCAGUACUCCGAGAAACUGGCAUACAUGCCGAAUACUUUCUUCAUUGGAGAUCAUGCUAACAUGUUCCCUCACCUUAAGAAAAAGGCUGUUAUAGACUUCAAAUCAAAUGGGCACAUUUUUGACAAUCGCAUAGUGCUGAAUGGCAUUGAUCUGAAAGCGUUCCUGGAAAGCCUGCCGGAUGUCAAAGUUGUGAAGAUGGAAUGUGAUGGUCAAGAGGUUGCUGAUAGUAAUGGUGCCCUUUCCAUGCCCAUCAUCCCUAUGAACACGGCAGCUGAGGCCAUCAUUAACAUGAUCAACCAAGGCCAGAUCCAGGUCACCAUCAAUGGCUUUACAGUCAGCAAUGGCCUGGCCACCACACAGAUUUUUACAGUGGAGGAGGUUGUAGUAUCUGGGACUGUAGCGUUGCAGAUUAACAAUAAAGCAGCAACAGGAGAAGAGGUUCCCAGAACUAUUGUGGUGACCACCCGCUCACAGUAUGGCCUUCCUGAAGACUCUAUUGUCUAUUGCAACUUCAACCAGCUCUAUAAGAUUGACCCUCCAACCCUGCAGAUGUGGGCCAAUAUCCUGAAGCGUGUGCCCAACAGUGUGAUCUGGCUGCUGCGCUUCCCAGCCGUGGGUGAGCCCAAUAUCCAGCAAUACGCUCAGAACCUGGGCCUGCCUGCUUCUCGCAUCAUCUUCUCUCCUGUGGCUCCCAAAGAGGAGCAUGUACGACGUGGACAGUUGGCUGAUGUGUGUUUGGACACCCCGCUCUGUAAUGGCCACACAACAGGCAUGGAUGUGCUCUGGGCUGGUACCCCCAUGGUUACAAUGCCAGGAGAGACGUUGGCUUCACGCGUUGCUGCCUCUCAGCUCACCUGCCUUGGCUGUCCUGAACUCAUCGCCCAGAGCCGUCAGGAGUAUGAAGACGUUGCAGUAAAGCUUGGCACUGAUAUGGAAUUCCUGAAGAAGGUGCGUGCCCGCGUCUGGAAGCAGCGUAUCUGCAGCCCGCUCUUCAACACCAAACAAUACACCGUGGACCUGGAGAAACUUUACCUGCAGAUGUGGGAGAAUCACGCUAGCGGAGGCAAACCUGACCACCUGGUCAAAAUGCAGUCUCUGGAGACCAGCGAGAGCACCUGAACUAAACUUUCCAUUGCAUGAGCCAUCCAUCCCCUGUCCCCUGUAUGUAUCAGUCACAGAUGGACUCUAUGGAGCUACAGGUGAGCAGCGUCACUAUGAUCCCAGACAGCUUUUAUUUCCAUCAGCCAGACUGGACAGCGGGAUGCACAAAGACUCAGACCCCUUUCCCAUCAGCAAACACUAUCUAUGUUGUUUGAUUUUUUUUUUUGUUUGUUUCUGAAGAACUUCUCUGUAAAUGCAGUGGAUAACGGGGUCCUAAAAAACCUAAAAAUAGAUAGGGUUUUUUUAAAAUGAGGUUAUGUAUUGCUUAACCUAUUUUAGCUCUGUCAUGACUUAAACGUGGGUCAGGGAUGCAUACUCUGGAUCGCCAGAUUUUUUUUUUUCCCCCUCAGAUGAAUGCCAACGUUGUUUCCGUAUGCUAUCAAUAGAACAUAAUUUUUUUUGAAAACAUACUGUGUGACCACGCUGACAAAAGACCUGCUCAAGUACUGACUUUGAUUUUUCUUUAUUUUUUUAUGAUUUUACCAGGAAAGGUUUAGGUAAGUAUGUUCUGGUUUUGUACACUGUCUUCCUGUUAACUCGUUUUAUUUAUGCUCUGUCAGUGUCAACUCAAGGCUCUUUACGUAAACUAAAAUAAAAAGAUGUGACAAACCUUGAA